AAUAACGAGGAACGUAAUAUUGAGGUUUUAGUUAAAUGCGUGAACAACAUGGUGGGCUACUGAUUACUUUUAACCAAAAGCAUUUUAAUUUGUGAUUUCUGGCGUUAAAUCGAUACGUGAAUGAAAGCAUCAUGGACUGGAAAAGUGUUAAGAUUAUUUUGGCGUCUACGGCCACUGCAAUUGUCGCUUCCCAAGUGGCAAAAAAAGCGUACAGGUACUUUUUCGACACAGGAAAAUGCUCUCAAGAAGAGAUUCAUGACGAGACAUGCAACGACGCUGUAACGAAAAAUCGUGAAAUAAAUGAUGUGAUUUUAUUCUCGGACGAUGUCGUUCGCCACACUAUUCGAGUGACACCGAACAAAGAAAUAACAAUGUGUGAGAGUAGAGAGCUCAAUUGUUUUAAGCUCAUAAAAUACAUAAAGUCAGCACGUGAAACAUUGGACGUUUGUAUGUACUUAAUAACAAGCAGCCAAAUAGCCGAGCAAAUCAUUCGGCUAGGACAAAAGCACGUGCUAGUUAGGAUAAUCGUCGACAGUGACAUGGCGAACACACCGCCUUCGCAAAUAAAAAAGCUUAAAGAAUACAGUUUCAUUCAAGUGCAGACCAAUAAAAAAUCUAUUUUAAUGCAUCACAAGUUCUGCAUCAUUGAUGGACCCAAAGCCGUUAAAAGGAAGAAUAUUUUAAAAAUGUACGCGGAAAAGCUAAACGUGCAUGCUCAGUUUAAAUCUUUGAACGAGAAAAAGCAGCAUAAAAACAGACCUAUCAAGGGCUUCGUGAUGUCAGGAUCCCUGAAUUGGUCUACCCAAGCCAUGGUUUCAAACCAUGAAAGUGUGAUUGUUACAUCCCAACAGAACAUCGUUGGUAAAUUCGAAAAAGAGUUCGAAAGUUUAUGGGUGGAAGAUGAGCCGGCACUCCUUACGACCUCGUGACAUCAUAUUAUUUAUAAAAUAUAGCUGCUAAUUUAAACUAAUUGUUACCAACUGUUCAACAUCCACGAUAAAUGCAUCAAUGAUGCAACACCACAUGUGCAGUGAAAAUGUGUGCCAAAUAUUCAGUGCAACCGUGUACAGACACCACACAUGUGACGUGAAUGCUACACACAAAU